GUCUCGGUGCAAGUGGAUGGAAAAAAAAUGCAGCUGCAGGAAAAAUGGCUCCAGACGCCGCACCGCUGAAAGGUGUUUAAAGCUCUGCCCCACAGCCUUUGGGCCACGCUGACUUAAAAGCUAUCAUACUCAUGGCACCUUCCAGUUGACAGAAUGGCCCAGAUAUCAAGUGGUAAUGGGUUCAAGCUGGAUGUCCCCCAACCAAAGGGGGUUGUGGGUAAAGAGGAAGCCCUCCGAAUGGAAGAAGAAGCUUUGGCAAAAUUGCUAAAGGAGAAGAGGCCCACUCUUUCAACUUCAGCACCCUCAUCUAUGUAUGCAACGUCCACGUCUUCCUCAAAACCAAAAACAUCUAAAUAUACCACUACUGCUCCUCAUCCUUCACCCUGUGUUAGAAAACCAGAAAAGGACCUCAUUGUUUUCCCAGAGACCAAGAAGCAGGCAGAGCAGGUCAAGUUCCGGGAUAUUGAUGUGGACAAGCUAACCAAUGAGGAACUUGAAAAGCUCUUACUGGAUGAAAACUUUGGGGCUAACAGCAAAGUCUCCACACCCUCAUCCCUGCUGGGGUUUAAUCUCAGUGCCUCUUACCCUGGAGGCCAUUCCUGUACCUCCUCACCUUUCCAGGGCAGUCAGUGGACACCUGUCCUGUCCACUCCAUCAAGCUCAAGUGUGUCUACUCCCACCCAUCAGCCCACCCCAUUGUUUCCCUCUGCUCCAUUCCCCAAACCAGGCACUUUUCAAAAUGGUUUCACUCCAACCAUAUCAGCCUUCAUGGCUCUGCCAGCACAGCAGCCAUCCUUUAUGGCCUUCACUCCCAUCCAGCCCGCUGCUGCCAUGGUCUUCCCACAACCAGCUGUGGACCCAGAGAUGGCCAAACUGUUUGACAAGAUUGCCAGCACCUCAGAAUACUUGAAGAAUGGCAGAUCGGCCAGCACUGACCUAGAUUCCUCUCAAGUGGGCACAGCUUCGCUGGCACCCAACCCACCAGCCCAGCAGCCAGCAGGGAUGGAAUCCUCUAGCGGCAAUCGCUUUGACUGGUUAGAUCUGGACCCCCUGACAAAGCAUAAAGCUGAGAAUGAGGAAGGGACCCAGGUGUCAGGAGAUACUGCACAGACAGUACCAGUACCUGCAGGGGAUCCUUGGGAUGCAGUGCUCGAGACUGAAGGAAACAGUAGUAACAGCAGCUCCCCGCUGGGGGUGAAAGCACCACUGUCAGUUCGCCCACAGCACAGGAGGGCAUCAACAGGAGCUGCUGUCACUAGGAGUCACUCGCUCAACAUCCCAGGGACCUCCUCCCAGCACAAACCAAACAAUCAGGACAAGGGAACAGGUUUGGUGAAGAACGCCGCCCUGGAACAACAGGACGCUCAAAACCUUGAGGUUGUCGCCUUCUGUGAAGACGUUAAAAUCCUGCGUUCGAAAUUCCCUCAUGGUGACAUCUCCACCAACCCUGGCUUCGUCCUCAGCCCUGUCAUCACCCAGAGAGACACGGGAGGUGACAAUAGCUGUUCUGUCAAGGUUUCUAUUGAAAUCUCGGAAUCUCAGCAGCCUGUAACCUUCACCUGUGAUGUGAGUUCUCCGGUGGAGUUGUUGAUCAGCCAGACUCUCUGCUGGGUCCAUGAUGACCUGGAUCAGGUCAACUUCUCCAGCUACCUGCUCAAAGUCUGCGGCCAGGAGGAGGUGCUGCAGAAUAAACACAGCCUCGGCAGCCAUGAGUAUGUCCAGAACUGCAGGAAGUGGGAGAAUGAGAUCACAUUACAACUACUCUCUCACUCCACCAUGAAAAGGGACUUGGCACGCAGUGCUGAGGAUGACAACUCUACAAUAGACCUAGAGAAGCACCUGAGCCAGGUGGAGAGGCCUUUUAAGGAGACUGUCACCAGACAAGGCCUGGUUGACUAUUUGGAAGGCUAUCACAAUCAAGUCAACAUCUGCCUACAAAAUCAGAGUACACAGUAUAAGACGGUGGACCGGGUGGUGCAGACAGUGAAGAACCUGUGCUGUGCUCUGGAUGAGGUGGAGACCCAAGCGAUUACAGAGGCCAUCAAAAGACUGCGACACUCUGUCAAUUUACCACAGACGCGCUCACCCAAGAUGGGGUCCAAAUCUUCUGGUCAAUCACCAGAUGGUUACACCAGUCCUGUGGAGGAGAGCAUGGCCAUGCUAACGCAGGCUGUUUACGAUCAAGCCAAGCUGUACCUGCGCUCCUUUUCUGCUACCUCCUCCUCCUUCAGCUCACGUCCGCUGCCGGAGCCCUCAGACGAGGAAACUGUGCAGGGGAGGAGCAGCAAAGAAGCUUCUGGCACCACAGACCACCUUCAGUUCACCCUGUUUGCUUUGCAUGGCAUCCCAGCCAACUGGGUCAGCAGCUAUGAGAAAUACUUCCUGAUGUGCUCCCUCACCCACAAUGGCAAGAACCUGUUCAAACCGGUCCAGUCCAAGAGAGUGGGCACAUACAAAAGCUUCUUCUACCACGUCAAAUGGGAUGAACUGAUCAAUUUCCCCAUUGCAGUGGCUGUGCUCCCACUGGAGUCCAUACUGAGCCUGUCUCUGUUCGGGGUGCUGAACCAGAAUGCGGGUGGCUCCCCAGACUCCAACAAGCAGAGGAAAGCUCCAGAGCAGCUGGGCAAAGUGUCUAUGCCGCUCUUUGACUUCAGAGGGGUGCUUGCCAGGGGCAGCAGGCUGCUCUGUCUGUGGACGUCUGCCCAGGGAGCUGCUGCCACUGCUGGCUCAUCAGGCAGCCACAAGAAGAUGCCCACAGAGAGAAUUACAAUGCAGGUGGACUUUCCCAACUCAGCACUGGAUGUUUUAUAUGUGGGACCAAAGGAGGCCCCCAUCCCGGAGCCACAUACUUUGGAGGAGCUGGACCCAGACCUCCGGCGCAAACUGGAGAAAAUCUGCAGCCGAGCUUCAAAUUUCGGGCUCAAACGGGCUGAUCACCAAAUCAUAUGGGACCAUCGGCUCCACUGUCAGAGGGACCACCCCAGCAGCCUGCCCAAAGUGCUGGCCAGUGCACCCAGCUGGGACUGGGCCAGCAUGGCUCACAUCCACUCCCUGCUGCACCAGUGGCCCCCUCUGCCCCCUGUCACUGCACUGGAGCUCCUUGAUUCAAAGUUUGCAGAUACAGAGGUGAGAAGUGUGGCUGUUAGUUGGAUUGAGAAGAGUAGUGAUGAUGAACUAGCUGGUUACCUGCCACAGCUUGUACAGGCCUUAAAGUUUGAGUGUCACCUAAAGAAUGCCCUGGUCAUCUUCCUGCUGUCCAGAGCACAAGGCAACAUCAACAUCGCCCACUACCUCUGCUGGCUGCUAAAGGACGCUGUGCAGGAUCCUGGCUGGGGCCGGCGUUAUGAACGGGUGCUUGGUGCCCUGUUGUGUCUGUGUGGAGCCAAGCUGAGGGCGGAGCUGGAGAAACAGACUCACUUUGUCACCCUGCUGGGAGCUGUGGCCGAGAGGGUCAGGCAGGCCGGGGGCUCCACACGACAGUUGGCACUGCAGGAGGGCCUUGAGAAUGUGCAGAACUUUUUCCAGAGGAACUCCUGCCGACUGCCUCUCAGCCCCAGUCUGGUGGCCAAGGAACUUAACAUCAAGGCCUGCUCCUUCUUCAACUCCAACGCAGUUCCCCUCAAGUUGGCCCUGGUCAACGCCGACCCACUGGGAGAAGAGAUCAAUGUUAUGUUCAAGGUUGGAGAAGACCUGAGGCAGGACAUGUUGGCUUUGCAGAUGAUCCGCAUCAUGGAUCGCAUCUGGCUGCAGGAGGGGCUCGACCUCCGCAUCGUCAAUUUCAAAUGCAUCUCCACUGGCAAGGACAAAGGCAUGGUGGAGCUGGUGCCGUCCUCCGACACCCUGAGAAAGAUCCAAGUGGAGUAUGGUGUCACCGGAUCCUUUAAGGACAAACCAUUAGCAGAGUGGCUCCGCAAGUACAACCCUGCUGAGGACGAGUAUGAUAAGGCAUCAGAGAACUUCAUCUACUCAUGCGCAGGAUGCUGUGUUGCAACCUACAUUCUGGGUAUCUGCGAUCGCCACAAUGACAACAUCAUGCUGCGCUCCACUGGUCACAUGUUCCACAUUGACUUUGGCAAGUUCCUGGGUCAUGCCCAGAUGUUUGGCACCUUCAAAAGGGACCGAGCGCCAUUCGUCCUGACCUCUGACAUGGCGUACGUCAUCAACGGAGGCGAGCGUCCCACCAGUCGUUUCCAGCUGUUUGUAGACUUGUGCUGUCAGGCAUACAACCUCAUCCGCAAGCACUCCGGCCUUUUCCUCAAUCUGUUAUCACUGAUGACGUCGUCAGGCCUCCCAGAGCUAACUGGCUCUCAGGAUCUCAAAUAUGUGUUUGACGCUCUGCAGCCCCACAACACAGACGCUGAGGCAACCAUCUUCUUUACCAGGUUAAUUGAGUCCAGUCUGGGCAGCGUGGCCACCAAGUUCAACUUCUUUAUCCACAACCUCGCCCAGCUGCGAUUCUCUGGCCUUCCGACCAAUGAUGAGCCCAUUCUGUCUUUCUCCCCCAAGACCUACACCAUUAAGCAGGAGGGCCGCAUUCUCCAAACAUCCAUCUUUUCCUUCCAGAAAAGAUACAACCCUGACAAGCAUUAUACAUAUGUAGUGAGGAUCCUGAGGGAAGGUCAGAACGAGCCGCAGUUUGUCUUCCGCACUUUUGAUGAGUUCCAGGAGCUCCACACCAAACUGACCAUACUUUUCCCGCUCUGGAAGCUACCGAGUUUCUCGAACAAAAUGGUGCUUGGUCGAACCCACAUUAAAGAUGUGGCAGCCAAGAGGAAGCUGGAGCUCAACAACUAUGUCCACAACCUGAUGAGAAGCUCCACAGAGGUCACUCAUUGUGACCUGAUCUACACCUUCUUUCAUCCAAUUGCACGAGACGAGAAGACAGACGGUUUAGAAGCCGUGCCCAAAGCACCAGAUCCUCCACUCAGUCCCACUUCUGGUCGCGUGGAAGGAGAAGUGAAGCUCUCGAUCUCCUACAGGAACAGCACUCUCUUCAUUAUGGUCAUGCACAUCAGGGAUCUGGUGUCUGAGGAUGGAACAGAUCCCAACCCGUAUGUUAAAACCUACCUGCUUCCAGAUCCACACAAGACUUCCAAACGCAAGACAAAGAUCUCGAGGAAAACCAGAAACCCUACUUUCAAUGAGAUGCUGGUGUACAGUGGCUACAGCAAGGAAACCCUUGGCCUGCGAGAGCUUCAGCUCAGCGUGCUCAGUGCUGAGUCACUGCGUGAAAACUACUUCCUUGGCGGCAUCACGCUCAGACUCAAAGACUUUGACCUCAGCAAGGAGACGGUCAAGUGGUACAAACUUACAGCCGUCCCCUACUUCUAAUCCCCAACCUGCCUUUCCCUGUAGUCGGGAACAAGUGUCCACACAAACGCUGCAUUCACAUCAAAUGGGAAUAGCUAACUCAGGAUGCGGUACCAAAAUGCUACUUUGUGACCUGGCGGUUUUGAGAAGAUAAUCUUACUUUUUCUGCUACCGACAUCACCAAAUUUGAAGUAUAUAUGGACCGUUUCUUUCACAUUGACCAUAUUGUCGUAAAAAAUGUGUAGACCAACUGAUCAGUAGGAACCUGAUUCUGUCAAAUUUCCUCAAGGCAUCGUUACCACUGCAAAUAAGUUUUAACCAUUGUUGUGUUACCUCAGAAGUUAUUCCCAUGUGACGUCAAUGCAGGCGGGCGACAGAACAGGCCAAUUCACCCCCCUAAAAGAGAAGCCUGCUCAUUCUCCACUAUUCUCUCUAUUCUUUAACUAAUCAAGAUUGUUUCUGUGACAAACAAUCUCCGCUUAUUUUGUCUCUUUUUCUCCUAAACUGUAACGAAGAGCUGUAAUGUUUUGUACAUUUUGAUAUUAGAGGACCAAAACGGCUUACUUGCAGAAGAGUAUAUAUAGAUGGACACAUUUAUUUUUUAAGGACUAGAAAGGGGGGCUCACUUUUACACUUUCCAUGUUUAUUACCUACAUAGACAAGUAGGAGGCAUCAGGGUUCCCUGCACUCCGGCGGACACUUCUGGGUAGAGUAGUCCAACACACCAGAUUCCACGAAAUCAUGAGUGACCUUAUUAUUCCCCGAGAAUGUGCCAAAACGAAUGAGGAUGGCAAAUCAAACCACUCUCCCUGACAGGGAGCUGAACAGGGUGCCUUUGUUUGUGCUCACAAUCUCUUUUUAAUGCUCGACUUGGCCUAUAUAUAUUUUAUUAACAAUGUGAUAUGUCCUUAUUAAAGAAAAAUCUAUAUUCUGUAAAGCUUUAUCAGUAGAUCUUCCAGAGCAGGUCUGCUGCCGGACCGCCAUCAUAAGGAUUUGUUUUGUUGUCACAGUGGACUGCCACUAAAUGCACACUACCAGAUCUUUCUCUCGUGGUAUUACUUGACUAUUUUCACACAGCACACAUUAAAGGGGAUUUUGUAUCAUAAGCUUUGGAACAUGCUCUUGUCUGUGCUCUGGAUGAGGAAAUUACAGUUGCCCUGAUCAUGAAACUGAUCACAUGUCAGUUACUGGAUUUAAAACUAGAGACAGGACAUGAGGCUCUUUCAGCUCCGGCAGCGACAGCAGAUCCACUCCCAGUGCCUCACUGUGGUGUAAUGACGCCAUGCUGGCCAAACGUCUCACAAUAACUCAAACUGCCAGUGAAGUCCACAUCCAGUCAGGUUUUCUAGUUUUUCCAACUGAACACAGAUCAGCGUUAAAAGGGCAACUUUAACUUCACGCAUUUUUACAAAAAGGGAACCAGAUGCUGAGCAAGAAAUUCGCUGCUUUCCCCUCCACUCGCUAACUAUAAAUCUAAACUUGUUAAUGUUUAAUAAAGAAAUGAUGAUGAAUCUAUCUAAAAAAUAUUUUUUAAGAGAAGAUCUACACAACAAUGAUCUGAGAGUAACUCUCUAAAUAUUAGUGACUUGAUCCUCUCUUUUAGUGACUGUACAAAGAAAGCAAGCAGAGUUUGUAUUAACAUGGCCAGUUAUUUAUUCUUAAUUGGUGACCUGUAACCUGAAUGGAUCAGUGUGAACUGUAAUCCCUCUUUCCUAAAGCAAAUAAAUGUUUUUGGAACAAAA